AUGUCUUCCGGCCGCACCGUCACCCUCAACACCGGCGCCAAAAUCCCCGGCCUCGGCUACGGCACCUGGCAGGCCGCCCCCGGCGAAGUCGGCGCCGGCGUCUACGAGGCCCUCAAGGCCGGCUACCGCCACCUCGACCUGGCCAAGGUCUACGGCAACCAGCGCGAAGUCGGCGAGGGCAUCAAGCGCGCGCUGGCCGACGUCCCCGGCCUCAAGCGCGAGGACAUCUUCAUCACCUCCAAGCUGUGGAAUGACAGCCACCAGCCCGAAAACGUGGCCGCUGCCCUCGAUGACACACUGCAGGAGCUCGGCCUCGACUAUCUCGAUCUCUACCUCAUUCACUGGCCCGUCGCUUUUGCCCACGGCUCCGGGCUCUUCCCCAAGGACGCCAGCGGCGCCGUUCAGCUGGACAAGAAAACCUCCAUCACUCAGACCUGGAAGGCCGUGACCGAGCUUCCCAAGAGCAAGACCCGCGCCGUCGGUGUCUCCAACUUUACCAUUAAACACCUCGAGACCGUCAUCAAGGCCACCGGCGUCACUCCCGCCGUCAACCAAGUCGAGCGCCACCCGCGCCUCCUCGACGAAGCCCUCGUCAAAUACUGCGCCGACAAGCACAUUGUUUUGACCGCCUACUCCGCCUUUGGCAACAACACCAUUGGCGCGCCGCUUCUCAUUGCCCACGACGAGGUCAAGGCCGUCGCCGAGCGCCUCACCGCCGCCAAGGGCCGCACCGUCACCCCGGCCCACGUCCUGCUCGCCUGGGCCCAGGUCGGCGGCCACACCGUCAUCCCCAAGUCGGUCACGCCCGCGCGCAUCCGCGAGAAUUUCCAGGAAGUCGACCUCGAUCAGGAGGACAUUGAUCGCCUCAACAAGAUUGGCAAGGACGACAAGCACCGCUUCAACAUUCCCUACACGUAUAACCCGAGCUGGAAUGUCAACAUUUUUGGCGAUGACCGCGAAAAGGCGGCCACUACCGAGGUUGUCCUGUAA